CAUUUAUGCAACGAUCAUGUAGGACGCAAAUCUACAAAUAAUCUUUGCUUGAGCUGCAAAUGGGAAGGAUGCGAUGUUACAUGUGCCAAGCGUGAUCAUAUCACAAGUCAUCUACGUGUUCAUACUCCACUCAAACCACAUGCUUGUGAUGCUUGUGGAAAGCUUUUCAAACGACCACAAGAUUUGAAGAAACAUGAACGCAUCCAUACC